UGAGCACGAAACCCUCCCAUGAUCCCAGUUGGGAAGAACUGGCAGUAGCCUUGGGAGGUGGGGCUGUGCAGACCGGCACCUUGGACCUGUCCCCUUAACCAGGGCUGCACAGCCUGGGAUAGCCAAGAGGGCCUCCCCAGCCCCUGGCCUCUGCCCUACCCAUCCGUCAUAUUGCCAGGUUCCUCUUGCUGACCCCCAGCGAUCAGGUCACUGCCCUGCUCUCCAGCAAGACGGCAGCACUUGCUCGUUUCUGGUCCUUUGUUUUCCACCUGUUGAAAUCGUGGUCCUUCUUUCCAAGACUUGGCUUCAAAGCCUCUUCCUGCGUGACGUCUUUCCUAACCUUGCUCUAUGGCGUGUGUCGUUUUAGUUGAACUAGCAAAGGAUUUGGUCUCUGAAUCCUGAGGGUCUUUUGUGUUCAUCCUGACAGCUGCCUUGAGCACAGCCCUAGCGGCUGGCCCCCAGGGCCCUGGAGGGGUCUAUCAGCUCAUCCCAGACUCUGCAGAGCUGGGGUUUCUCCAGGGCAAGACAGAGGAGCCCCCUCCCUUCUUCAUAGCAAUUCCAUUUUCAAAAAUGCAUUUUGCGUAUUGGGAUCCAUCUGAGGGUUGUUUGGGGGGAGAAGGAGUUCCAGUAUGGAGGACAACCACAGCAGAAUGGAUAGACAAAAGUAGUAAGGUCUGCUCCCGCCCAGCAGAACUUUAAAUUAGCCUUGGGGAAACAGGAUAUGAAGAGGUGGCUGAAUGCUUACUGUGUGCUAAGCCUCGUAAUGAAGUGUCAUUUAUCCUCACCACAGCCCAGUGAGGCCGGUGCUGUCGUCCCCAUUUUACAGAUGAAGCAGGCACAGAGGGGUAAAGUGGUUUGCUCAAGGGCACAGAGGUAGGAAGAGUGGAACCGCAUUCAAGCCCAGUAGCCUACUUCCUCAGAACCACCCUGUGGCUGGAGCACAAGGGGUAAAGCAGGAAGGGGCUGUUCUCCAAAGGACUGGCUACUGUGACCAAAGAGAAGGGAGAAUGGAUGCUGGAGGCAAGCCAGGGGACACUCCUUGCUCCAGUCCCAGGAGAUAGCUGCUGUCGCUGCCCUUGUUUUAUAAAGGCAGAGGGUGAGGCUUACAGAGUUUGUCACUGAUCCAAGUCCACGGGGGACCGUGUGGCAGAGCCAGAAGUUUAAGCCCGACCUGUUGGCCUUCAGGCCCCUGCCUCUUCACCUAAGUGCAAUGACAGCCUGGAGGCAGGGGAGCCCCAGAAGGAGCGGCGGCAAGUGGGGAGAGCACUCCUGCGGCUGGGGACUGGGGAGCAGCAAAGGAAGCAGAGUCUUCGGGGGCAGCUCCUCCAGGCUGCUGGUUGAGUCAGCCUUAGUCCCUCUCUGCUCUGCUCCCCAAGUUGAGCUCUGAAACUCGGCUGCCAGCAGUGCAGGAGAGCCCAGGUCACCCUGCGAAGGUGUCUGAUCCAUACUGGACCCCUACAGGUCGCCACGUGUGCCCAGCUGGGGCACUGCCCCAGCUGAUGCCCCAGAGGGGCCACCCAUCUCAAGAGGGGCUCCGGGCCCUGCCCGGCCUCCUCAUGGCACACAAGCCACAGCCUGAGGCUGAUGGAUUGUUGGACCUCAGCUUCCUGACAGACGAGGAGCAGGAGGCUAUUGCCGAUGUCCUGAAGCGAGAUGCCUGCCUUCGCCAGUUGGAGGAGGGCCGGGUCAGUAAGCUUCGGGCCUCACUGGCAGACCCUGGGCAGCUGAAGAUCCUGACAGGAGACUGGUUCCAGGAAGCACGCUCACAACGGCACCACCAUGCCCACCUUGGCUCUGAUCUUGUCCGAGCCUCUAUCCGCAGAAAGAAGAGCUCCAUGGGAGACCAGGCUCCAGGCAGCGAUGGGGAGCCUGAAACUGCUGAGAAAGAAGCUGAAGAGGAGCUGGAGCCCAGGCUCCCCAUGGACAAGGCACCCCAAGAGAUGCUCACCAAGGAUGAGAAACCUGAUUUCCCCUCACCAUAUGUCCCGCUAAAGGCUUCAGAUCAUGAGGAAGAGCCCCAGGCCCAGGAAGCCCCGGGCCCCGGGGACUCGCAGGUCUUUGCAGAGGAGGCGGACCCGGAGCCGGAGCCGCGGUCGCGGGAAGCUGAGUCGCCGCCACCCCCAGCCCAGACCCAGACGGCGCCCAAGAUCCUGGAGAACGGGGAGGAGGCUCCGGGGACUGGCCCCUCACUCGACCGUAUGCUCAGCAGCAGCUCCUCGGUGUCCAGCCUCAACUCCUCCACGCUGAGCAGCAGCCAGCUGAGCCUGUCCGGGGAGGCCGAGGCGGGCGCGGUGCAGGUGCGCGGCUCGGUGCACUUGGCGCUGCGCUACGAGCCGGGCACCGCCGAGCUGCGCGUGCACGUGAUCCAGUGCCAGGGCCUGGCGGCCGCGCGACGCCACCGCUCCGACCCCUACGUCAAAAGCUACCUCCUCCCGGAUAAGCAGAGCAAGCGCAAGACGGCGGUGAAGAAACGGAAUCUGAACCCGGUCUUCAACGAGACACUGAGGUACUCCGUCCCGCAGGCCGAGCUCCGGGGCCGCGUGCUGAGCCUGUCCGUGUGGCACCACGAAAGCCUGGGUCGCAACAUCUUUUUGGGCGAAGUCGAAGUGCCUCUUGACACGUGGGACUGGGACUCUGAGCCCAUGUGGCUCCCCCUGCAGCCCCGGGUCCCGCUCUCUCCCGACGACCUCCCCAGCCGCGGGCUGCUCUCCCUGUCCCUCAAGUACGUCCCCGCCGGCUCCGAGGGCGCGGGACUGCCCCCCAGCGGGGAGCUGCACUUCUGGGUGAAGGAGGCUCAGGACCUCGCGCCACUGCGCUCAGGAACGCUGGAUACCUACGUACAGUGUUCAGUGCUGCCUGAUGACAGCCGGGCCAGCCGCCAACGGACAAGGGUGGUACGACGCAGCCUCAGCCCUGUGUUCAACCAUACCAUGGUUUAUGAUGGCUUCGGGCCUGCUGACCUGCGCCAGGCCUGUGCUGAGCUCUCCCUCUGGGACCAUGGGGCCCUGGCCAGCCGCCAGCUGGGGGGUACACGCCUCAGCCUGGGCACCGGCAGCAGCUAUGGGCUCCAGGUGCCCUGGAUGGACUCCACACCGGAGGAAAAGCAGCUGUGGCAGACACUCCUGGAGCGACCGUGUGAGUGGGUGGAUGGCCUUCUGCCCCUCAGAACCAACCUGGUCCCCAGGACAUAGCUGCCCUACAAGCCCCACCAAACUCCUCUCUGGACCCCCAUCUCUGGGCCUGCCCUUGGCGAAAACCAAUAAAGUCUAUUCUAAGGGCA